AUGGCACCACCGAUUGAUUCGCGCAACAUUUUGAGGCCUGAAACGGUCGAAUCGCUCUAUAUUGCAUUCCAACUGACGGGUGACCCCUUAUACCGAGAGUGGGGAUGGAGUAUAUUCCAGGCUUUCCAGCGCUGGUGCCAAGUGGACAAGGGAUACGGAGGCUAUGCUGGCAUCGACGAUGUGGACUCUCUGGACCACCAGCUCAUCGACCGGAUGGAAACAUUCUGGCUUUCUGAAACACUCAAGUAUCUUUAUUUGCUCUUCGCCCCGCGCAACAAAAUCUCACUCCGACACUGGGUUUUCAACACGGAGGCCCAUCCGCUCCCUGUGUUUGCGCCCAUAUUCCCCACGGAUAUUAAUUAG